GCCCAAUACACCAGAUUUAUUCCAAUAUAAGCUGGACCGAAGACACAGUUACGGAGGAAAGUUUUGAACCUUCAUUAGAAAAGAGCUACAAUCUGAAAACGGAAAAAUGCUACGCUUCAUUUUGUUGCUGAUGUGCUUUAUGCAUUUAAGUCACACAGGGCUCUGUGUUUCGGGAAAUGUCACCGCAAGACCCAUUAUUAAAAAUGGCACGUAUAUAAACCCAGAAUUAGGCAAGUAUCACGGCAAGUUAAGGAUCCUCUCCCAGAGUUGUCUGGAUAUUAAAGAGAAAUACGGUGCUUCUCAGGAUGGUAUAUACUUCCUGACGACAAAGAGCGGUACAGUGUACCAGACCUUCUGUGAUAUGACCACAGCCGGAGGAGGAUGGACACUUGUGGCCAGUGUACACGAGAACAACAUUCAUGGGGCGUGCACCGUCGGUGACCGAUGGUCAAGCCAGCAGGGCAAUGACCAACACAGGCCAGAGGGAGAGGGAACAUGGGCAAACACUGCAACUUUUGGAACGGCGGAGAGUUCGACUGGUGACGAUUACAAGAAUCUUGGGUACUAUGACAUUCAAGCACAGGACGUGGCAGUGUGGCACGUUCCCAAUAAUAAAGUUUUACAAGAUUGGACGACUGCUGCGAUCCUUCGCUAUCAUACAGAAAACCACUUUCUAAGUGAGCAUGGUGGAAACCUGUACCAUUUAUUCAAGAAAUAUCCUCUGAAGUUUGCAGCAGGUGAAUGUAAGGCUGAUAUGGGACCCAGCAGUCCAGUAGUAUAUGACACUGGAGACAAAGAUGCAACUACAGCCCUGUAUGGAUCAUCUUUAAAAGAUGAGUUCGAGUCUGGUUUCGUCACCUUCAGAGCAUUUAACACGGAUAAAUCAGCCAUGGCCAUGUGCUCUGGAGUUAAACCAACUGGAUGCAAUACUCAACAUUAUUGCAUUGGUGGAGGAGGAUUUUUUCAGGAGCGUUUUCAUUGUGGAGACUUUACGGCUCUUGACUGGAACGCCGACAAGACCAAAAGUGCAUCUAAAGAAAUGAUCGAAUCAACUGUUAUGCUAUUCUAUCGAUAAAUCGUAGUUGAAAUCUAUGAACAGAUCAUUCAUAACGUUUCAAACUGCUGUGAAUGCAUGCGCAACACUGUGUUAAAUAAAAGUUGGGAAGGCUAAAGCCUUGUUUUGAAGUAAACAAAAAUAUUUGGUAAAUCGUGCUAACUGCAAUAAAAAUACUUAUAACUUUAA